AUGGCAAAGUAUGCUGACGAGCUCUGGGAGCUCAUGCAGGACGAGAAGACCCACGUCUAUAUGUGCGGUCUGAAAGGCAUGGAGUCUGGCAUGGCCGAUUGCUUUGGCCCCAUCGCAGAGAAAGCUGGCAAGGACUGGGCGGAGUUCGCCAAGGCCAUGAAGAAGGCCGACCGCUACCACGUGGAAGUCUACUGA